AUUAAAAUAAGAAAAUGUGAAAUUAGUUAAUCUAAUCUGUUGCUCCCUAUAUUGUGGUGUUUCUUUUACUUCACAGGCAUUCUCUUAUAAUUCCAAAGGCUCAUUUUUCUUCGUUGAACACAACUCCCCCGUCUGUAAGUAAUUGGUAGAUGUAGUUUGGUGGUUAAAUCUUUGUAACGUUCUGGUAAUUUUUUAUAAUUUCCAAACAUUUUGCAUUAUGAAUGUUAAUGUGGUAACUGGUAAUGAAUUUUCCAGAUAUGGGUGAAGUGAUAGGCAUAAGCAUGCAAAUUUAGGAGUCAAAAUAGUCAAGUUAAAACAGCAACACAGUUCCUGUUAUGAGUUUUCCUUUAGGGUUUGUAUCUUAUCAUCAUCAAUAUCUGCAUUUUAAAUAUAUAAUUGUUUGACCUUUGUGAUUGUGGCGAUAUAUGUGCGGAUUUCUCUGAAGGCCAAAUCAGCACCAUCUUAUAAGCAGGAGGGUUCUGGUGGUUCUAAUGGAACUCAGGAACUCUUUAUUGAUUACAUAUUCCUUGCUUCCUUGUGCUUGCCUACAUUGUGUGAGUGGUCCUUUUGUCACAAUUUAUAUGUUCAGCUAUUCAUGUGUUUAUUUAUCUGUAACACAUUUUACUUAGAAAUUUGUUGUUUAUAAAUUUUACGGAUCAAGUACCAAUCUGUACAAAAAUUCGUUUUGCUCGAGAAUUUUUCAUUUUAAACAGCUGGAAUAAAAUUCUUAUUUUGUUUUUGAGGAAUAUACAGGUGGUAGCGGCAAUGUGUUCAAAGGUACCUUUCAUCAGCAAUGCAAUCAUGAAAGCUACCGGAUCUGAUUCAUUCAACUUAUUGGUUAACAAUGGUGCAGCUGCUGGCCAAGUUAUAUUUCAUACUCAUAUUCACAUAAUACCCCGGAAAGAAAGUGACUGCUUGUGGGCUUCUGAGGUAUGCUUCUUUUGCAUAAUGUCUUCUCUUAUUAUGCAAACCUGUAACAAUAUUUAUACAUGUAUGAAAUAUUGGGAGUUGUACAGAGUUUACGCAGGCAUCAAUUAAAACUAGACCGGGAAGCUUCAGGGCUUGCACAUCGUAUCCAAGAACUAUUAUCAAACGUCUCCGAAGAGGGCAAACAUCGAGAAUCUAGCCUUUCAUAAAUUGUGGGAUUAACUCUUUGUUAUAGAUUAUACAGAGUGUCUAUACAUGUUUUUUUUUCUGUACCAUGUAUGUAUAGCCAAUUUUUUCUACUUUCUUGCCAGAUUCCCAAGUCAUUGUACUGCUUCAAUGAGGGAAGAUUUUGUAUUUGUUCAGUCCAUAAACGAAGAUAGUUGUGAGCAAUCUGCUUUAUCCAGUGUUUGUAUCUCAUACUCUCUACAUCUACCUGCUUGCUUGAUUCCAGUGUAAAGUUAGCAGUUUUACCAAAACCAUUAAGAAUAAGUAUUUGAAAAUUUU